UUCAACGCGGCGGAAGUGAACUGCCAGGAAGAGAUUUUGGGAAACCGAUGUGCAAUGAGAACGAGGUGGGAAGCGAAACUAAUUGGAGAAUGGAUUUCCCCAGUCUCAAUGCAGGGACUCCUGGGCUUUCAGCAGAGAGAACCAGAGGCCAGUCCCCAUCAGCCACUCCAGUCACCAGCCCAGUGAUAAAAGAGGAGCCUGCUGACACUGGGUCCUUCUACAUCAAAUGGGAGAUGAGUGAGGAGAGCAUUGCGGAACAACAGGAGGGCUUAGGCCCGAUGCACGUCUUGGGGAAAGAGUCUGAUGGAACGUCUUCUGUUGCUGGUAGCCAGAGUCCAGGCGAUAGACGUUCAGAACUGUCUGAGGAGACAUCGACAGAGCGUGUGAAAAGGAGGCUGUCAAGCGCAGAGACACAGCGGCAGUACAGAGAGAGAAUCCGUGCUGACCCUGAGAAGUUGCGGGCUUACAAGGAAAGGGCAAAAUGCAGGGAGGAUGAUGAUUAUGAUGAGGAUUGGAUCAGCAACUUUCAUGUCCCUUGGCAGCAGACGCCUGAAAGCCUCAGGCGAGCCAUUGCAGAGGGACGAAGAGUCGAGGCGGCAGAUAGGCGGCUGAUGGUGAGGAUCACCGUUGAUGCAAUGCGUGUACACUGCCUCAACCCCAACAAGAAAGUAUGUUCAGAAAUUGCCAAAGCUAUAGUUUCAGAAUAUCCACAGAGCUUUGCAGACCUGUCAAAAGAAGGGGAACUGCUUAGCAGAAGGUACUCCUCCUUGCUCACCCAAAUAAAGACCAGAGUGGAGCAUGUGAACCGGAACACUGAAAAUAGAAUACGCAGACCCAAGACGAGCAAAAAAGGGGAAAACGGCAACAGACAAGUCAAAACAGCAAGAACAAAAGUGGACAGUUAUGGGUGCAUAAACUGGCACCCACAGGACCUUCCAGAAGGAGAAACUCCUGACUCCCUGGAAAAUAAGAGACAGAUUAUGGCCACCAUUUUCAACAGUGCAAGCCCCAGAGGUGUGGACAGGGGAGACGUGGAUGAAUUCAUGAGGCUUACGUACAUUAACCAACGCCACAUGAUAAAUGCAUGGCCAGCCCCAAGCAUUGGUGACGUCAAGCAACAAUGGCCUUUUCUUUUUACCAAGAGAUGGCUCUGCGCCCACUUCCACAUGCUCACUGGAGUUGAGAUCGACCGCUGUCUCAGUGAUGCUCUCCAGAGCAAAGGAAAGACCAUUGUCAAUUUCUUCCGAAGUCAGAAACCCAACUGGAGGAGAGGCAUCCAAAGUCUCCUCAAUGACAUUGAAGGUGACGUCAGUGGAAACCUCACAGCCUGUGCUGCCAUUCUUCUGGUGCUGUCCCACUUCAGAGAGAAAGAGGACUCUCUCUUCCUUUUGGCUGAUGUGAAUGACACCCGGAUGGAUGUAGAGGCUCAGUUGCAUUUGCCGGCCACUCCAAGACUUAUCAUGCUUGGGAGUUCCCUGCUGGCUUCAUCUAAGUGGAUGGUGUCGAUCGAGGGGAGAGUGGUCUGUGUUUUGGAUAAUCAGUCCAACUUUGCUGCUGCCCUCUCUGUGCUCUUCGGAUGUUUCUACGUGUUCAAUACAGAGUACCAGGAGACAGCCUCAGCAACACUGGAGCUUAUUCAGAGGUUUCUAGUAGGGAUCAACCCAAACGAAGGAACCAAAUGCUCUUCAUACCUUGAUUCAGAAGCCGGGGUGAGCCGCAGGACUGGAAGAGUUGUGCAAAGGAAGACCGAUGCAGUUGCCACCUUCCUCAAAGACCUGACUGAAUUUGAAUGGUGAACCAGUUUCAUAGGAGAUGCAAACACACAAACAAGGAUGCACAUACAUGAUGAAUAGCUUCAAAUGUUGUAAUGUUGCUCUUGUUUAGUAUCAACCAAUCAACACUACAGAUUGCAAUUGAGAUCUAUCAUGAUAUGCAUCUUGGAAUAAUUGUUAUAUGUUUCUGUUGGCUGGCCCUGUCUGUGAUGGGGAAACGUGAUUUUAUAACUUUUAUGUUAUAAUGAUGUUCUAAAUGAUUACCGGAAGUGUUUUUUUGUUGUUGACAGAUUUCUUUAAAACGUUUUGUUGACUUACUGUAAAUAAAAUCAGUGUGAUUAAAUUCAGUUCCCAUUUCACUACAGUGUUAAAGGGGCAGUGAAGUUAAACUGGAUUUUCCUGCUUUUUGUUAUAUUUCCACACAGAGGUUGAAAUAAAACUCAGAAAUGGUAAAAAGGAUGCCUGUUUUGUGUAAGAGCUGUUGAAAAUUGCCUGGAAUUUAAGCCUGUUCAGGUAGGAUGGAACUUUUGGCUCACAUGAUGUGGGCCAAAUUAUGAUCUGAUUAUAAUAGCCCAAUGAUUGUUCAUCUGCGUAAGGGAGUGGGUUCUAGACCAUCCUAUCAGCCAAUCGGGUCUGUGUAUGUAAAUACUGUAUCUUCAAAUGUGUUUCCUAACGCCCACACAAACGGACUGAGCAUUUUAAGGGCCAAAGGAGGCUCAGGGACAUAAAUGGUUAAACAUACAGUAUAUGUUGGUGGAAUUUUCAUUAAAUAAACACAGUAAUUCAUUAGACAAAGUGGUGAUUUAAAAAUAUAAUUACAAAGACUGCAUGGGGGCUUAAGCUGUUAUCUUUUUCAAUAUUAUUUAUUUGUGAUAAAACAUCCUGUUUUGGAUUAAACUGCAUUUUGCCAUUGCCGAUCUAUCUUGAGGAUUGGAAUUUGUCUACUGACAGUGCAGUGUAUUUCUCUGACUGGUAGCUAAUCAAUUUCACACCUUAAAAUACUGUAAAAUGUUAAACAAGUUUAAAUACAAUAAAUCAAAUCUCCAUUAAUCCCCCAUUCCUUCAACCUGUACUUGAUGUGUGUGCUCUGCUGCUGAGUAGGUUAUUUAGAUUUUUUCCCCCUUGAAUGGGAUUAAUAGGGAGUGGGGAGGCUAUGCUUAAGGCUAUCAUAUUAUCAAAACCCACCCAAUCUAGCUGAUUGUAAUAAGCCACACUCAGGGUCCCUGUUCAAGAGGUAAUAUUGACUGCAACUUCUGUUUAUUGUCAAAUCAAAUGUGCUAACCAUGUGCUCUCCUUGACGCCUUUCUGUUUGUUUCUUUGUUCAUUCUUUAUCAAAUUUAACCAACUCAUGGCUCAACGAAGGUGUGUGACAACUGCAAAAGGUUGUGAAAUUAUGCUUCUAAAAUAUGUGAGACCUGCAAAACCGUGCAGCCUUUCAAGAAAAACCGCAAAUUACAAAAUAAGGCAAUGGACAAGACACUGAUAGAGUGGACAAGACCGACCAUCCUUUAAAACAAAGUUGCCAGGUUCCUGGACUCACUUUUCCGAAUGGUAACCCACACAUUCUUAACUUUAUUCCAUUUGAAUUUAACUCAUUCCUAUUGUAUUUAUGAUUAGCAGCCACCUGAUUGAAAUUAUAAUUCAGUAAACCCCUUUGUCUUCUGCAGCUCCGGAAAGUGCAUGCUCUGGGCUUUAGGUCCGUCCUCAUAGAGUAGCAGUUCCGUGGAGGCUGCUUGGGAGUAGAAGUCAUGAUGCCCACCAACCCUCGGCCAGGUCUGGAGGAGGACUGCCUCCAGGAGCUGCUCAAAUACUAUGACUCUUUACUGAAGUAUAUCCCUGUCAACCAGCCCCCCACCAACUCCACAGUAGCCACCAGUGGUAGUCUCCUGGAAGGACAAGAGGGAGAAGAGGGUGACGUUAGCACUGGGGAUGGAGUGGACGAAAGGGCUGCAGAUGUGGAAGUGGGAGAAGACGAUGAAGAUAGAACUGAGGGAGAUGAAGAGGACAUGGAACCUGACUAACAGCCACCUGCCAAGAAGACAAAGUAGAUUGAGCUGCACUACACCACAGAGGCGUGCUCUCCAAACUCUGUUUAGCCAUAAUAGUAUUUUUUAAAUGUUGCGCAACAGCUGCAUGCAUGUUCAUGUUUUCUAUCAAGCAUCUGCCGGUUAUAGAGGCCUGAUAAAUAAAUGACUUAAAGCAGCAAAACAGCGUCAUUCGUUCUUUUAAUCUCCAUGUGGAAGGUUACCACUCCAAACAAAAUAAAUACAUUUACUGAAAUGUUAAACAAUGACUGUCCACCAAGGGUUAGGCUUCAAUUUGUGUACGAUCUGUAUUUAUGACGGGUUAUCAAAUCAAAGUUUAUUUGCAGAUGUUAUCGCAGGUGCAGCAAAUUGCUUGUGUUUCUAUCUCCAACAGUGCAAUGAUAAUACCUAGAAAACGAGAAAAUAAGCACAUUCUCCAAAAGCAAAGGUUGGGCGGUUCUACUAUGACAGCCCUAGUGUGUGUAUCUGUGUUGUGGAGCCUGUGUUCAUACUCAUUCUCUCUUCAGGUAUUAUCAGAAGAGAUUGUAUCUGUGUUGUGGAGCCUGUGUUCAUACUCAUUCUCU